CCUCACACGUUUCUUUUCUUUUCUUUUUCUCCCAGCGCCCUUAACAAUUAGGCGAAUUCGGUUAAAUUAGCCCUUCUCACAGGAGUAGCUAGCCUCGACCAGGCACACGGACGCCCCCCACCACCCCACACAACGGAGGCGUUUAAACCCUCAACCCGGCGCAUUCACUCUCUCUCUCUCUCUCUCUCUCUCUCUCUCUCUCUCUCUCUCUCUCUCUCUCUCUUCAACCGCCGCAGAACUCCGCCGACCAACCGUCAGGUGACCGCGCGGAGCGGAAUAUUCACCAGCACGGUCGUCGUCUUUCAUCCCUUCACUCCUUCGGACUCCAGGCAACCGGAGCUGCCACAGCCCCAGUCCCCACUGUAUCCUCUCAUCCUGUUUGGGACAUUCUCCGCUCCACGCACACGCAGAUUAACGGGGAUUCUGCCUCCCCACCCGCGCGCUGAUGCUGAUGUCCUUGAGCUCGGCCUGGACGGUCCUGGUGGUGCAGCAGUAGCUACCUCUGAACUGGAUCCGCUUCCUGUCUCUUAUUUAUCAGCCGCCUUUGCCUUGAUCGCCCCUCUCUCCAUCGAUCCAUCAUCCCUUCAUCCCUGUCAGUAAGUCCAUCAGCUGGUCCAUCCGACCAUCCCUGCGUCUGUCCAUGGACUGGCCGUGACUCUGGAGGGAGGGGGACAGAAACGAGGAAAGAGUGGAGUCGCAGAGGAGACGACGGAAAAGAAAGCUGGAUUCAUUCAGAUGUCACGCUUCUGAAGUGGCCCUGCUCGCUGCCCUUCAUCCCCCUCACCCUCCUCCUCAGCCUUCUUCAGUUAUGGAGAUCUAAAGACGCAGUGAGAGGCUAGGCCAAGAUACUGAAGUGAAUAAACACACAACCCACACCCCUUCAUUGCCCUUAUAUAAAAUUGAAAAAGGGUAAAGUGAAUCAUUUUUAAGUAAAAAAUUUAGUCAGAAACGAGAUUGUUGAGCACAUGAACAACCCUCCACCAUUCAAACCAAAGGGGGCCUGAGCAGACUACGGAGAGAAAGGAAAACACACACACAAAAAACCUUUUACUGACAUGUCAACAACGGCCACGAUGGGUGAAAUGGCAAACAGCGCUGUGGAGUUUUAUCCCAAAGGGACUCGAGGCGGGGGUGGAGGAGGAAGGGCAGAUGGCAGCCAUGCAGGGGGAGACUUUGGGGUCACGGUGAAAGAGCUCAGGGAGCUGAUGGAGCUCCGAGGGGCUGAUGCCCUACAGAAGAUCCAGGACGGCUACGGCGACACAGAGGGGCUCUGCCGGAGACUACAGUCCAGCACCACUGAUGGUCUCAGUGGGGAUCCGGCAGACCUGGAGCAUCGGCACCAAACAUUCGGCAAAAACUUUAUCCCCCCGAAAAAGCCCAAGACUUUCCUGGAGCUUGUGUGGGAGGCCUUACAGGACGUCACACUCAUCAUCUUGGAGGCCGCCGCCAUCAUCUCCCUUGGCCUCUCUUUCUACCAACCUCCUGGAAAAGAAAGCGAAUCAUGUGGGAAUGUGUCGACGGGCGCGGAGGAUGAAGGUGAGGCAGAUGCUGGCUGGAUCGAAGGCGCUGCCAUCCUGCUUUCUGUCGUAUGUGUUGUCCUGGUGACGGCGUUCAACGACUGGUCCAAAGAGAAGCAGUUCCGGGGUCUACAGAGUCGAAUCGAGCAAGAACAGAAAUUCACUGUUGUGCGAAAAGGAAAUGUUAUCCAGAUCCCUGUGGCUGACAUGGUAGUGGGGGACAUGGCUCAGGUCAAAUAUGGUGACCUGCUGCCAGCUGACGGUAUCUUGGUCCAAGGCAAUGAUCUGAAGAUAGAUGAGAGCUCUCUUACAGGAGAGUCUGAUCAUGUACGCAAAUCUGUGGAUAAGGACCCCAUGCUGCUCUCAGGUACCCAUGUAAUGGAGGGCUCGGGGAGGAUGCUGGUGACAGCUGUUGGUGUCAAUUCCCAGACAGGCAUCAUCUUCACUCUCCUGGGAGCUGGAGAGAUGGAGGAAGAUGGGAAAGAGAAGAAAGGAAAACAACCUGAUGGUGCAGUCGAGAACAAUCAGAACAAAGCCAAAAAGCAGGAUGGGGGCGUUGCCAUGGAGAUGCAGCCUCUGAAGAGUGCAGAAGGAGGAGAGGUAGAGGACAGAGAGAAGAAGAAGACCAAUGUCCCAAAGAAAGAGAAGAGUGUGUUGCAGGGAAAGCUCACAAAGCUGGCUGUUCAGAUUGGCAAAGCAGGUUUGGUGAUGUCAGCCAUCACCGUCAUCAUUUUGGUGCUGUUCUUUGUCAUCAACACGUUUGUCGUUGAAGGUCACUCAUGGUUGCCAGAGUGCACUCCAGUAUACAUCCAGUACUUUGUCAAGUUCUUUAUCAUUGGAGUCACUGUUCUGGUCGUGGCUGUCCCAGAGGGCUUACCUCUUGCUGUCACCAUCUCUCUGGCUUACUCUGUCAAGAAAAUGAUGAAGGACAACAACCUUGUAAGGCACCUGGAUGCUUGUGAGACUAUGGGGAAUGCUACAGCCAUCUGCUCCGACAAGACAGGCACCCUGACCACCAACCGCAUGACUGUAGUGCAGACUUACGUAGGUGAUGUGCACCACCGUGUGAUCCCAGAACCUGGACAGAUCAACCCCCGGACGCUGGAUCUGUUAGUCAAUGCUAUCGCUAUCAACAGCGCCUACACCUCCAAGAUCUUACCACCUGAUGUGGAAGGGGGUCUGGCAAAGCAGGUGGGCAACAAGACAGAGUGUGGCCUGCUGGGAUUUGUAUUAGACCUACAGCAGGACUAUGCCCCCAUCAGAGAGCAGAUCCCUGAGGAGAGACUGUACAAGGUGUAUACAUUCAACUCAGUGCGUAAAUCCAUGAGCACAGUGAUCAAGCUACCUGAUGGUUCCUUCCGGCUUUACAGCAAAGGAGCAUCUGAAAUCAUGCUGAAGAAAUGUUCCUAUAUUCAAGAUGCCAAUGGAGAACCACGCAGUUUCCGCCCACGGGACAGAGACGAGAUGGUAAAACAGGUGAUUGAGCCCAUGGCAUGUGAGGGGUUGAGGACCAUAUGCAUUGCAUACCGUGACCUGCCAUCCAAUCCGGAGCCAGACUGGGACAAUGAGGCAGAAAUAGUGACGGAGUUGACCUGCAUCACUGUAGUUGGGAUAGAGGAUCCUGUACGGCCUGAGGUGCCUGAGGCCAUCCGUAAGUGUCAGCGUGCAGGCAUUACAGUGCGGAUGGUGACUGGUGAUAAUAUUAACACAGCCAGGGCCAUUGCUGCUAAAUGUGGCAUCAUCCACCCCGGAGAUGACUUUAUCUGUCUAGAGGGCAAAGACUUUAACCGACGAAUCAGGAACGAGAAAGGAGAGAUUGAACAGGAGCGAAUCGAUAAAAUCUGGCCCAAACUGCGCGUGCUGGCUCGAUCCUCACCAACUGAUAAACACACACUGGUAAAAGGCAUCAUUGAUAGCAGCAUUGUAGAACAGAGGCAGGUUGUCGCAGUAACAGGAGAUGGAACCAAUGACGGACCAGCUUUGAAGAAGGCUGAUGUGGGCUUUGCCAUGGGUAUCGCAGGGACGGACGUGGCUAAAGAGGCAUCUGACAUUAUCCUGACUGAUGACAACUUCAGCAGCAUUGUCAAGGCCGUGAUGUGGGGAAGAAAUGUUUAUGAUAGCAUCUCCAAGUUUCUGCAGUUCCAGCUCACGGUCAACGUAGUGGCUGUCAUCGUGGCCUUCACAGGGGCCUGUAUCACCCAGGACUCUCCCCUGAAGGCGGUGCAGAUGUGGGUGAAUCUGAUCAUGGACACGUUUGCUUCUCUGGCCCUCGCUACGGAGCCCCCCACCGAGGCCCUGUUGUUACGGAAACCCUACGGCCGGAACAACCCGCUCAUUUCCCUAACCAUGAUGAAGAACAUCCUGGGCCAUGGAGUGUACCAGCUGGUCAUCAUUUUCACCCUGCUGUUCAUAGGCGAGCGAAUGUUCAACAUUGACAGUGGUCGCAAUGCUCCGCUCCACUCCCCGCCCUCUGAGCACUACACCAUUAUCUUCAACACCUUUGUCCUCAUGCAGCUUUUCAACGAGAUCAACGCUCGCAAGAUCCACGGAGAGAGAAAUGUUUUUGAUGGAAUUUUUGCUAACCCAAUCUUCUGCUCCAUCGUUCUGGGGACUUUUGCUGUGCAGAUCGUGAUUGUGCAGUUUGGAGGGAAGCCCUUCAGCUGUGCUCCUCUCAACAUCGAGCAGUGGCUUUGGUGUCUGUUUGUGGGAGUUGGAGAGCUGCUCUGGGGGCAGGUGAUUGCUACAGUGCCAGCAGAGCGACUGCCAUGCCUGAAGGAGGCAGGGCUGGGGCUAGAGCCUGGGGAGGAGGAAGGGGAGGAGCUGGCAGAGGAUGAGGAGGAGAUUGACUGUGCAGAAAGAGAGCUGCGCCGUGGACAGAUCCUCUGGUUCAGAGGCCUCAACCGUAUCCAGACCCAGAUGGAGGUAGUGAGCACGUUCAAGCGAAGCGGUUCGUUUCAGGGAGCAGUGAGACGGCGCUCCUCUGUGCUCAGUCAGCUCCACGACGUAAACACUAUCUCUACCCCCUCUCACAUGCGAGUGGUGAAAGCAUUCCGUAGUUCGCUGUACGAGGGCCGGGAGAAACCGGAAUCCCGCAACUCCAUCCACAACUUCAUGGUCCACCCAGAGUUCCUCAUCAAUGACCUCAUCCACAACAUCCCACUGAUCGACGACACCGACGUGGACGACGAAUCAGAGCUCAGCAGAUACCAGCACCUGCACCCGGCCCUCCGCAAGCCGCCUCCCCCUCCCACCCAGCCGCAACCCCCGGCACGCACCCGUCCCACCCGUCCCUACCGCCAGUACAGCCUCCCGGUGACCCCAUGCAACCGAAACAACAACAACAACAGCAGCAGCAGCAGCAUUGAUUCAAUGGUCACCCACAGCAACAGAAAUAGCACCAACGCAGUUAUCACCUAUAACCGGAGCCCCCGCCGUCACCAUCACCACCACCAUAACCAUCAUGGCAGGGACAGGCCAGUGAAACCCUCCGCCCCUCACCCGGCCCAUCUCUACUGUGUGGAGACCUCCUUAUAACUGAACUGAAUAUGGGUUUGGGAAGGGGAUGGGAAGAGGGGGAUGGAGGUUAGGGUGAGAGCGAGAGAGGGCUGAGGACACACACAUGACAUUUUCAUCCAAUUGCCCUUUCAGUAAGCUCACAGGAGAGAGCGAAGGACGAGGGAGGCGCAGGAGGGAGUGGACAGUGGCGGAGACUUCUGCUCGCAACUCCCUGAGAACAAUUUGCCACUUUCCCUCCCUUUGCCCUUACUCCAGCCCUCGCAGUCUGACUCCCCACCUUCACCCCAGUUCUUCCCCUCCUUCAUCCACAAAG